GCGAUGAAAUAAAGUAAGGUUAAAUAAAAACCCUUUAUAUAACCCUUUUUAUAUCCCUCUCUCAGCGCUUAAACAGCGGCUUUAACUCGCUAACUGCAGAUAUUCUACUGUUAAACACUGAACUCUGGAGGAUCUGGCUCCUAUUCUGACAGUCGUAAUGAAACCUGCGAGAGGUUCAGCUCGACCCUCCACAAAGGGUCUUAAAGGUGGAGGUCGAGGAGGAAAACAGGUACAGCAGCAGGACCAGACACCAUUGCCUGAUGAUGGACGUGUUCAGGAAAAGUCGAGGAAGAGCGGAGUGGCUGCAGAGACCCGGAAGGAAAGGAAGCGUAAAGGACAGGAAAAUUGGAAGCCACUGGACAAAUCCUCCAUUUCAGCCAUCGACAACAUGCUGGGUUUAUCAAUAUUAUCUGUUCUCACAAUGAGAAGGAAGGACAAAGAGGAGGCGCAGCAACACCUCAACUCACUGAAAGACCAAUUCCUGGCAAAAUGUGCCCAACUCCCGGUGCCUUCUCGGAAAUCUGGAAACAUGAUGCAGGUGUCACGGCAGUUCCAUACAGAGAGCCAGAAGGUUAAGCAUGGCAAAAAGAAAAUCGAGGCAUACGAGGAGAGCAGUAGAGAAGUGCUUAACAAGCUUGAGCAGCUUCAAGGACAGAGGGACAGUUUGGAAGACAAGUGCAGGAUCAUGAGGGACAAACUGGAGGACGAAGAGGAAAACGCACAGGAGUUAACUCAGAUGUCUGAACAAGCUGUCCUGAACCUUCCUGCUGUAUCUGCGUAUCGAGAUGAUGAGCCCACAUUACAGGAGCAGAUGAUGAACAUGGUGCCCAAUCCCGAAGCCGUCAUGAAGACUCUUCAGAACUGUAGAGUAAUGAGGAACACGAACGCUUUUCUGGAGUUGGCACACAAGCAGGCCGAUGGGCUGUUGACUCAUUCUAAGACUACAGAGGCUUUGGGCAGUGCUGUGUAAUUACUUUUCUUUAGUGGAGUCAAAUUACGUUUUGCUUAUAAUUCCAUCACCAUACUGCAUACUAAGAUUAAUGAUGCAAUGAAUGACAGAUUUUAAACAAAAUAGAGAGUAUUUAUUUCAAAAUACAUGUUUUUACAUAGAGAAUUCAAAUACAGGCUGUCAAAAGUAGAACAUGUCUUUAUGAUUAGCAGUUUUCACCCUUUUCUUUGUGUGUUUGUAACAAACUGUAUUAUGCUUCUGCUUUUUCGACCACUUUUGUAUUUUUUUUGUUUGUUUUUCAAAUAAAACUUUUUACCUGUUGUA